AUGACUGAAGUCUUCCUCAGAGUCUUGAUUGGAGUCUUGAUCGGUGCGGUUAUUGGUGCGGCCGUGGGGAUGCCACCGCUGGCACUUGCGCUACGACGUGCCAUACCUUUGCCCUUGCUUCACAAUGAAAUGGGCAACGUGACAUACUCAGAGUCACUCUCUAUAGAGGCUUCAGGUAAAAAGCAUGAAAGGAUCAUGGGUUGGAGCGUUACCAUCGUCUUCUUCCUCCUCCAAGGAUCCGAGCGGCCUCAGCUUCAGCCGUAA